AUGCUGCUGCUGCAGCAGCUACCCCCAAGAAGCAGCAGCAAACGGAAACAAAUAAAACAGCAGCAGCAAAAUCAAAGCCGCAGGGGCCCCCAACUAAAACACAGACAGCAGCAGCAGCAGCAAAACCAGCAGCAGCAGCAGCAACAAAACCAGCAGCAGCAGGAACGAAACCAGCAGCAGCAGCAGCAAAAAAACCAGCAGCAGCAGCAGCAAAGCCUGCUGCAGCAGCAACAGCAGGUAAACAACCCGAAACAGCAGCAGCAGCAGCAGCAGGAAAACAACAACAACAACCAGCAGCAGCAGCAGCAGCAGCAGCAAAAGCAAAGGAGACAGAACCCAAACCAGCUGCAACAAAGGAGACAGGGGGGGCCCCCAAAAGCAGCAGCAAGAAGGGGGGGGGGGCCCCCCCCCAGCAAGGGUUUAUUAAACCCCCAGCAGUGA